ACGUGGACGAGCAGGUGUUCCAGGCAAGCGGUGGAGCGGUUCGCCGGCCUGGCUGCCCCGUCUCCCCCAUGGAGGAGGCCCUGCGGAGGCAGCGCCCGGGGUCCAACGCCAGGUACCGGGAGCGAGGUUUCUGGGACGCGCGGUACGAGCAGGAGGGCGCCGACCCCACCGAGUGGUUCGGGGGCUUGGAGUGUUUCCGCGCACAGCUGGAGGCGGAGCUGAACCCGGGGGACCGGAUCCUGGUGCUGGGCUGUGGGAACAGUGCUCUGAGUUAUGAUCUUUUCCAGCUUGGGUACACAGACAUCACCAACAUAGAUUAUUCCGCCGUGUGCAUUUCAAGCAUGCAAGACCGUUACGCGCAUUGCUCAGGCUUACAUUGGGUGGUAAUGGAUGCCCGGUUCUUGACUUUCGUGGACAGAAGCUUUGACGUGGUCUUGGAGAAAGGCUUUCUGGAUUCCAUGAUGGUGGAAGAAAAGGAUCUCUGGAAUGUUUCCGUAGAAGCCAAGAUGCUUCUGGACCAAGUAUUAACUGAGACACUUUAUGCGAAGACCUAGCUCUCUGGAAAAGAUGGA